ACGCGCACAGGCUAAGUCGCGCGCCAUAUUUUAUUUUUUAUAAAUACACUUACUUCAGUACUAGAGUUAAAAUGUGAUAAAAAGUUGCCGAUUUAUUUCCCUUUAGGUAUAAAAUUUAAUCAUGGAACCGGAUUCACUGGAAGUGCUGCUUAUCCAUCAUCACCCAGAAUUUUUGAAAGCAACCUGCGACUUGAUCAACGAUGAAUGGCCAAGAAGCGAAACUGUCAGAAUGAUGUCGCUGCAAGCCUCCUGCGAUUGCCUGCCUACCAACUUUAUCUUAGUUAAAGAUAGGAGACAAGUAUUAGGCCACUGCAAACUGACUCCCAUACCAAGUAUUCCAGAAAGUUGUUUCAUAGAAACAGUAGUCAUAAGUAAAGCUAUGCGUGGAAAGAAGUUAGGUACAUAUUUAAUGCGAUACGUCGAAAAUUACUGUAGAAAUGUGCUGAAGUUAAAAAUGGCGCAUCUAUCAACGAAGGGCCAAGAGAAAUUCUACGCCACGUUAGAUUAUGAGAUUUGCGCACCAGUAUCUAUUUAUGGUGUGUUUUCGCCAGUCAAUGUUAAACUUAAUCCUAGUAGCCAUAAGAUUGAAAAUUCAGUGCCAGAGCAACGUGCGCUGCCCGGCGCCGCGCCGCCACCACCCCCACCGAUGCCAACUUACGAAAGUGCUUGGAACAACAACAAUAGUAAAGUAAAAACUAGCAAAACAUACAUGUUUAAGUAUUUGUAGUAU